AAGGAUCUUUCAUACUGAACUCUGCUCUGAAAAAGGAGAAAACCUCUCCUCUGUGGAAUUGAAAUAAAUAUUUGACAGUUGCCUGGAAUAAAAAUUAAGCAAAAAUGUCUGUCAUAGAUCCUUACCAGCACAUUGUGGUGGAGCACCAGUACUCACACAUAUUCACUGUGACAGUAAGGAAAGCCACAAAUGUCACCAAGGGAGCCAUUGGUGACAUGCUUGACACUCCAGACCCCUACGUGGAGCUGUUCAUCCCGACCGCCCCCGACUGCAGGAAGAGAACGAAACAUUUCAACAACGACGUGAACCCCGUGUGGAACGAGACCUUUGAGUUCAUCCUGGACCCCAACCUGGAGAAUGUCCUGGAGGUUACUCUGAUGGAUGCCAACUACGUUAUGGACGAGACUCUUGGCACAUCCACAUUUCCCAUCUCUUCUCUGAAACUGGGAGAAAAGAAGGAAGUCCAGUUGACUUUCAAUGAUGUCACAGAAAUGACUUUGGAAUUGUUCCUUGAAGUAUGCUCCUCCACAGAUCUCCGGUUCAGCAUGGCCCUGUGCGAUGAGGAGAAGAGAUUUCGGCAGCAGAGGAGGGAUAACAUCAUGCACAGCAUCAAAUCAUUCCUGGGAGAGGAAAACAGCAAGAGCUUGACCACUGCCCGUGAUGUCCCAGUCAUAGCAAUCCUGGGCUCAGGAGGUGGAUUUCGUGCCAUGGUGGGGUUUGCUGGAGUCAUGAAAGCACUUUAUGAAUCUGGAGUUUUGGACUGUGCCACUUACAUUGCUGGGCUCUCUGGAUCCACCUGGUACAUGUCAACUUUGUAUUCACACCCAGACUUUCCAGCAAAGGGCCCAAAAGAGAUCAAUGAAGAGCUGAUGAACUCUGUGAGCCACAACCCCCUCCUGCUGCUCACUCCUCAGAAAGUCAAACGCUACAUCGAAGCCCUGUGGAAUAAGAAGAGUUCAGGGCAGCCUGUCACCUUCACAGAUAUCUUUGGAAUGCUGAUAGGGGAAACACUUAUCCAUGAUAGAAUGAACACCACUUUGAGCAACAUGAAAGAGAAAACCAAUAAUGCCCAGUGUGCUCUGCCACUCUUUACGUGUCUCCAUGUGAAACCAGACGUGUCAGAGCUGAUGUUUGCAGACUGGGUGGAAUUCAGUCCCUAUGAGAUUGGUAUGGCCAAAUAUGGCACUUUUAUGUCUCCUGAUUUGUUUGGCAGCAAGUUUUUCAUGGGGACAGUGGUGAAGAAGUACAAUGAAAAUCCCUUGCAUUUCCUCAUGGGUGUUUGGGGCAGUGCAUUUUCCAUAUUAUUUAACAGAGUGCUUGGUGUCUCCAACUCUCAGAAUAAAGGUCCCACCAUGGAAGAAGAAUUAGAAAAUAUCAGGCUCAAGCACCUCGUAAGCAAUGACAGCUCAGACAGUGAAGAUGAAUCACAGCAUCCAAAAGGCACCGGCAGCGCCGAGGCCCGGCCGGAGCAGCAGGAGAGCAGCCAGGAGAGCUGGGUGCAGCGCAUGCUCAUGGCCCUGGUGGGGGACAGUGCCCUCUUCAACACCCGGGAGGGCCGUGCUGGCAAGGUGCACAACUUCAUGCUGGGGCUGAACCUCAACAGCUGCUACCCCCUGUCCCCCCUGGCAGAGCUGCUCACCCAGGAGUCCGUGGAGGAGGACGAGCUCGACGCGGCCGUUGCAGAUCCUGAUGAGUUUGAGAGGAUCUAUGAGCCACUGGAUGUGAAGAGCAAGAAGAUUCACAUUGUGGACAGUGGGCUGACGUUUAACCUGCCAUACCCCCUCAUCCUGAGGCCUCAGAGAGGCGUCGAUCUCAUCAUCUCUUUUGAUUUCUCAGCAAGGCCAAGUGAUUCCAGCCCUCCUUUCAAGGAAAUUCUGCUGGCUGAGAAAUGGGCUCGAAUGAACAAGCUGCCUUUCCCCAAAAUAGACCCCAAUGUGUUUGACAGAGAGGGCCUGAAGGAGUGCUAUGUGUUCAAACCAAAGGACACCUCUUCAGAGAAGGACUGUCCCACCAUAAUCCAUUUUGUCUUGGCCAACAUCGACUUCAGGAAGUACAAAGCUCCAGGAGUUCCAAGGGAAACACAGGAAGAGAAGGAUUUUGCAGACUUUGACAUUUUUGAUGAUCCAAAUACACCUUUCUCUACCUUCAACUUCCAAUAUCCCAACGAGGCUUUCAAGAGGCUCCAUGACCUGAUGGAGUUCAACACCCUCAAUAACAUAGAUGUGAUCCGGGAGGCCGUGCUGGAGAGCAUCGAGUACCGCAAGGAGAACCCGUCGCGCUGCUCGGUGUCCCUGAGCAGUGUGGAGGCCAGGAGGUUCUUCAACAAGAGCCACCUCAACAACAACCACACGUAGAGGCCGUGCCUGGGUCCUGCUCCUGCCCCUACAGCUGGAACCACAGCCCCUCCAGCAGCUCCUCACCCGCUCCUCCACACGUUUUCUCGGGGCUUCUCGAGUUUCAGUAUCGUUUUGUACUGCUGGUUUUUUAAACUAAACACAUUUCAGUGUGCUGAGAUCCUGAUUUUUAACAGAUGUGCAGUUAGGGGGUUGUUUUUGAGAUCAUCGGGUUCAGGGUCUUUUUUUAAUUGAUGUAAACUGGGCGUAGCUUGAAAGGUAAGAUGGGAUUGGAAAGAAAUAAGAUUGAAAUCCACCUUUCUGCUGUUUAACAACGUCUGUACCACUUAGCAAAACCCCAAACCUCUUACAUUUUCUUUUUUUGAUCCUCCAAAUUACAUUGCUUGAAUCCUUGAGCUACUGGCACCUGUGUGUUAAAUUAUUGUUGGUUUGUGUAUUCCUGACCAAAAUGUUUAUAUGUAACUUGACAGUGAUUUUUGCAUUUGACCAUGAUUGAACCAUCACAUUUCUGCAAAGGGACAGGGGAAUGUUUACUGGGGAGGGAUAAAAUGUGCCCAGGUAAGAAUGUGAAGUAGUUCAUGUCUUAAGGGUUAUUUGAAAUAAUAUUUUUGAGUCCUGUAAAUAAUAAAAGAUGGUGCAGAGCCACAGAUUGUUUCAGUCCCAUCUCAACAAGUGUUGAGGUAACUCUGCAAAUGCACAGAAAAUGCAGUGGCAUCUCCAAAGACUUUAAUUGCUAAAAUCUGUAAGUCCACGGGAAGGGAAGUAAUUAAAAUGCAUUUAUUUUAACAGCCACUGCAUCCCAGAAUCCUGGAAUGGUUUGGGUUGGAUGACCUUAAAGCUCACAUUGUUCCACCCCUUGCCAUGGGCAGGGACACCUCCACUAUCCCAGGUUGCUCUAAGUCUACAUGCAGUGUUCUGUGAUUAAAUAACAUUUUCUGCAUUGAUCAAUAGGUUUUAUUUCUGUUUGAAUUAGUGCAUGUUUAAAAUCAAGCAAGAAAAUGAAAGUAACUUGUCUUAGUGCUGCAUAAUUUAAACAUUUUCCAUGAAUUUUGGAAUACAGGAAGGAACUGGUACCAUUAUAUAUUGUAAUAUUUUCUUUUUAAUGUUAUAUUUCCCUUUGGGAAUGUAAUAUUUGUAUUUUUUAUUUUAUAAUAUGUACCUACUCUAUUUUAUGGAAGAGUUUUAUCAUGCUUUAUACAGUUUGUAUUAUCACAGAGUUAUCAGACGAUAACAAAUAAAACU